AUUUGUAGCAAAUUCGUUUUAAUUUUGUUACAUAUAAUAUCACACAAUAUCCGUUUUGGAGAUAUACAAAAAGCUCCUUCUCUCCUUACAUCCCUUAGAUGAGGAACGACCUUCACAUCUAACGUCUCAAUUUGGUCAUAGAGUUGAUAUGGUCUGUCAAAAACUAAAGGAGUGUAAAGCUGCUUAUGCUGAAUUUGAUUGGCCAACUAUGUUAUCUCACUGUUGAAGAAGAUGCAGAUAUGUGCGCUCAGCUCUAUAAAUAUAGAGCUGAAACAUAUCUGAAUUGGAUGUCAUAUACACCCAAACGAAGCAGUCGUGCAAUCUUCUCAUUCUAAAGUUUUUAGGUGAUUUUUUUUUUAUGUUGACAUCCUCAGUUUUAAAUGACCUUCCGUGCUUUGUGAAUGUUGGAUUUACAAGAUAAGAGAUAUAUGUAAGCGUGCUGAUGAAUUCUGUAAUUGUUUUACAUGUUUUUUUUUGGUCAAGACAUGAUUUAAUUUAAUCCCUCCAAUAAUUUAAUUUAAUCCUUAAAACAAUAGUUUAAGCAGCGUUCUUCAGAAUAUAUAUAAAAUCUCGUCUCGGGUUAACACUUUGUGCUAGACUGGGUCAGUUCUCUCUCUCUUUACUCCUGCAAUUCGCAUCCUAGGGUUUGUCAAUUUUCGUAUCCACUUUCCAUGGCGCGUCUGUGAAGCAAUGGCGGCAAGCUCCGCAGUUUCUCUUCUCGAUAUCAGGCUCCGGCGAUUCGGCGUCGGCAUAAGUAAUCAUGAAUUGCACCUGAGGAAGUGGAGAAGGAGGCUACUAUGGUUUGAUGGCUAUCCGGCGAGGCGAUUGAGCUGCUCCGCAGUGCUGGCACCGAUCCGCCGCUCUGGCGGUUGCGAGAAGUCGGAGGAACGACGUUUCGAUCAGAAGACGAGUGCCCACGGAGCCGGAAUCAAAACUUCCUCCUCUGCAAUGCCAUUUGCAUCUCCAAAGUCUCGAUUUGUGUCAAAGCAAGAAAAGUUCUACCCUCGAUGUACUCCAAGGCUUACUGGCCCUCAGUCCCGUGAUACUCCGCCUAAAAGAGACACCGGGAUUGCUAAUGAAAAGGACUGGGGCAUUGAUUUGUUGAAUGAGAAUGUAAAUGAGUCGGGCAGUAAUGAAGAUGGCAGUACUUGGUUCAGAGAAAGUGGACAGGACCUGGGAGAAAAUGGGUACAGAUGUAGGUGGACAAGAAUGGGCGGUCGAUCCAAUGAUGGCUCUUCUGAGUGGACAGAAACGUGGUGGGAGAAAAGUGACUGGACCGGAUACAAAGAAUUAGGUGUGGAGAAAUCUGGUAAAAAUGCUGAGGGUGACUCUUGGUGGGAAACAUGGCAAGAAGUCCUUCAUCAAGACGAAUGGAGUAAUCUAGCGAGAAUUGAAAGAAGUGCACAAAAGCAAGCAAAAUCAGGAACCGAAAAUGCUGGUUGGUACGAGAAAUGGUGGGAGAAGUACGAUGCUAAAGGGUGGACCGAGAAAGGAGCACAUAAGUAUGGUAGAUUGAAUGAGCAGUCAUGGUGGGAGAAGUGGGGGGAACAUUAUGAUGGAAGAGGAUCUGUUCUCAAAUGGACAGACAAGUGGGCUGAGACAGAGUUGGGGACCAAAUGGGGAGACAAGUGGGAAGAGAAAUUUUUCGGUGGGAUAGGUUCACGUCAAGGGGAGACAUGGCAUGUAUCACCUAACAGCGACCGUUGGUCAAGGACGUGGGGAGAGGAACACUUUGGAAAUGGAAAGGUUCACAAGUACGGAAAGAGUACGACAGGAGAAAGCUGGGACAUAGUGGUGGACGAAGAAACAUACUAUGAGGCUGAGCCACAUUAUGGGUGGGCAGAUGUGGUGGGUGAUUCAACACAGUUGCUCUCGAUCCAACCUCGAGAUAGACCGCCCGGUGUUUACCCGAACCUCGAGUUUGGGCCAUCUCCGCCUCCUGAGCCCGACCAACCACAAUGACAGUCGUCUCUGUUUGUUUAGCUUUUUAGCCCUUUUUGCCUGUCAUUUUUUUUGGUUUGUGAAUUAUGGGUUUAAAUAAUAUAAUUCUAAUCCAUUGGAUCUCACGCCCAUAUAUUACAGAUUUCUUGAUCAAGUAUUUAUAUCCUUGUCCUCUCAGACACUCUGUUUCUCGAUCAUGCUGAAUCAUAAAUAACUUAGGGAUGUUAUUCAGCCAUAAAUGUUAUUAGAGAGUUUAACUAUACUGGAC